UCUCUCUCAAGGGCACACGCGGAAGUACGUUCACUGUGACACAACAAAGCACCGAAGCUUCAGAAAAUGAUGGAUGAGCAGCCAAAACGGAGCUCUCCAAAACAAUCUGAAAAUGGAGAAAAAGGGAAUUGUGUGUUCAGCCCUGGAUUUAGAUCUGUAGCAGCCAUGGCUGGUUGGGACGAAGAAGCAUUGUUAAUGGCGUCGCUUGUCGUUGAAGAUACGCCGGAUCGUGAUGCUAAACAGAAGAGACGCUCAGAUCCGCUGUUCAAAACUCCACCUACUAAUUCUAGAAGAAAACGCAGAGAUCAGAGGAAGAGUCCUGUUUCGUUACCUGUGGCUGUUCUUGAUCUAGACGAAGAAGAAGUUUCUAGAGAAGAAAUCGUAGAAGAGAAGAAAGAACAGAAGAUUCUUGUGGAUAUUAACAGUAAAAAGGAUGAGAAAUCAAAUGAAUCGACGUCAGAAAGCUCUUCCAUUGCAUGCAUUGACCGACUUCGUGAAGAACUCUCUUGUGCAAUUUGUUUAGAAAUAUGCUUCGAACCAAGCACCACUUCUUGUGGGCACAGUUUCUGCAAGAAAUGUCUGAGAUCUGCUGCUGAUAAAUGCGGAAAAAAAUGCCCAAAAUGCAGACAGCUUAUAAGCAAUGGAAGAUCGUGCACCAUCAAUACAGUCCUAUGGAACACCAUACAGCCAAUACCGGAUGGAGCAGCCGGAGAUAAUAGCGUGAGCAGGAGGAGGAGGAGGCGGGAGGUGGUGGUGGUGGCACCACCGGAGCAAGAUGAGGAUGCGGCUUUGGCAUUGAGAUUGCAGAGAGAGGAGUUCAUGGGUGCGUUUGGAGGGUCUGAACAACAAGGGAGAAGAAACUCGGUUGCAACUGCUACAGUGAAUCUGAGGGCAAUGGCAUCAAGAGCUGUUGGUAUUCGCAACCAUCGUGGUGGUGGUGGUGGUCGUUAA